AUGGCUACUUUCCAAUGGAGACUGGAUAAAAUGGAAGAAGACAAGGAAGAAUUGCAACAAAUUGGUGGCCAAGCUUUGCCAAGCUGGUUGGUGUUGUUGUCGAUGGCGAUCGAUUGCCUUGACAGGGUCAUCCUAUACUGCGCCACACACAGUCAGGCGAGUGAGGCGAAGGCGGGAUAUAUUUCAAUCGAUAGUCUAUUCGUAGAUCGAUCGAUGAGAAUAUGGAUGCCUUCUGUUGAUGUCGCUGGACGGGUGGGAGAUUUAUGGAGAAUGAAGGCACAUCUGUAUCCUAGGAGAGUAAUGGAUGGACUAUUCGGUGUCGAUAUCUUGGAUCGUCGUGUGCGAAAUAAUUGUGCCAAUUUGCUUGUAAAACUUCAUCACUAUAAAAUGAAUCAAUGGUUCAAGGCUAAAAAGGAAUUACUUUAA